UCUCCAACCGUCGGAUCGUGCGCACGUAAAAGAUGUCGCGCGUCGAGUCUUUUGAUCGCGAACCAAAAUAAAUCAAAUAAAAUAAUAUAAAACAAAUCAAAAGUGUUUCUCUAUAAAUAAAAAAAAAAAAAAUAAAUGACAAUCAGCUUAAAUACAAUUUAAUAAAUAUUUAAGCAUAAUCCAAACCAAAGUGUGAAACUCAAACAACAAAGCUCAGUGAACCCGAUAGCUCAACUGCCUAUCAAUAGAGUCCCUUGUGCCGCAGACCAUUAAAUUUAAUCGCUUUUCAUUUUUUGUCUGCGUUUUUUCAAUCACUAUGUAGUAACGAGCAACGCAGUUCCACUCUGCAAUAAACAUAAGCAGUAAAAGAAAUAUAUUUGAAUUUUUACAUUUCUAAAAUAAAUCUAAAAUCAACAAAUAUUUAAUGAAAAUAUUAGAAUAAUAUGAAAAUAUCAUAUAAUAUGUUAGUCUCAAUAAUUUGUAAACGGAAAUAUAAAAACCUACAUAAAAUCUAUGAUUUCCUGAACAAUAAUAUCAAUUUUUUUCUGUGGAGGAAAAAUCAGUUUGUAUAUAUAGUGUAUAAACGCGUAAGCGGUGGCUUAUCGAACGGAUGCCAAUUGGCCAUGUAGAUGAACCCAGUGAGACAUUUGACUUGUGACACACUCAUUUCCUUUGCCUGCAACUACUUAUCAGUGUGCACAAAAUGCACUCGACAUAAUCGUAAUAAAAUACAAACAAACAAAGUGCAUAAAUCAAGAAGUUCAGACAAAAAACAACGAUAAAAAUGCGCCUGAGUGGCUGGGAAAUUCUGUUGCUCCUGCUGCCCUUUGGCGUGGUGAGUGCUGUGCGCCAUUUGGAGGAGAAUCAGAGCACCAAGAACGAUCAUCUACAUUCUGGGGAGAGGCAGGUGCGACGACGCAAUAAUAAAAGUAAUGCCUCUGUGGAUCAUCAUCGGCAUCCGUCGUCCAGUGGAACUAAGAAAAAUAGUCGCAGUCAUUCAGUUAGCCUGGAUUCGGAUGACUAUGAUUGGCUGGAUGCGGAUACCAGUGAGGCAAUCGAUAGCUCAGAAAUCACGGCUGUGGAAACUGUGAAAUCAUCCGGAGAAUCACAUGAUAUCUUCACAUGUUGCAAUCAGGUCUUCGGCUCAUGUCGCACAGCAUGCGAAAAUUUAUCUCUGGUAGAGUUUGCCACUAGCGCUGGCGGCGAUAAUCGCGAGGAACUGCGCAAAUAUUGUCAACUGCAUCAAGUGGAAUUCUGGACCUGUGUCAACCAGACUUUCGAUGCGGUCACCCGUGGAGCGGACUGGUCGGGAAGACGUUGCUGCCAAUUUGGUGUCCUGCCUCAUUGCCGCAAUGUAUGCGCCACUUCGAAUCGCUCACCUGUGCAAAAUUGCCGUCGAAGCGAUGAGCAAACGCUUUAUGAUUGCCUGGAGCGCCAGGAGGCAGCGGAUCAGUGCUGUGGACAGGCCAGAACAUCUGAGUGCCUGGAGGCCUGUCGAGCUGUAUUUGAGCCCGUGAAUGACAACCAUGACCAUGUGGAUAUUAAUAGCGCCUGUGGAGAUCGCAACGCAGAUGUGAUUCAGUGCAUAAACAACCACACCGAUAUGACUCCACUGGCCAAUGCCGAGCAAUAUAUUCCAUGUUGUGAGUACAGCAACAAGGAGCAUUGUCGCCACACCUGCCGGAAUCUUCUGCGUCAAAAUGCCACCCUAAUGGAGCGGAGUGAAGUGAUCUUCUCUCGGUUGGAGGCAGCAGGCUGUGGUUCUCCAUUGCCACAAGUCCCAUUCUGGCAGUGCUUUCUCACGGUAACCGGAAAACUAUACGUUCCAGGAGGAGGAUCGGCAAGACCUGGAGGAUCACUAGCCCAAGGGCGCAUAUCUGGGAAAGGAGGAUCUUUGGGGGAACCCAAUCAUCUGGGUAUGGAUGCGGCUAAAAGACAAUGCUGCGAUCAAGCAGGCAGCCACAAGUGUCGACGACUGUGCAACCAGAUCUUCACCAGCAAUUGGUGGGAUGCACGAUCGAGUUUUGAAAGCGAGUGUAUGGACCAACCUGGAGAAAGGGAACUACGACGAUGCAUAGAAAGUGUAGAUGCACCCUGCGAACUAGGUUGCCAGGGUCUUAGUUUUUGCUCUAACUUUAACAAUCGACCCACGGAACUCUUUCGCAGUUGUACGCCAGAACAUGAUGCAGCUGCCCGCGAAGAUUUGCGGCUCCUGCAACAACGGGGAACCGUCCGAGUCCUGGGACAGGAACUCUUCAUCAAAAAUACCAGUCGGUGUGCUCCAGAAAAGUGGCAGGCUUUAGUGUGCGCCCUCCAACUGAAACCCUGUACGCGAGUAGGUCUUUUCAAUGGCAUCUGUAGUGAGGAUUGUCAUGAACUUUUGGAUGAGUGUCUGGAUUGGACGCUCCAACACCAGCGGCCAAAGGAUAUAUGUUCAAGACUAAAAGAAAAAGAUGAUGAUGCUCCACUACCAUGUAUUUCCCUAGAGAGCUAUCUGAAACCAGGAGAUGCCAGUCCAGAAGAGGCCCAAGGUAUCACCUCGCCCUGUGCCAAGAAGCCUUGCAAUGGCACUGAAGUGUGCAUCCUACAGCGGGGAGGAAAUCAAGGAUACUCCUGCAUACCGGGUUGCAAUUUGGGACAGGAUUCUAAGCUAUUUGUUCCCUUCGGUUCGUAUGUGCGACUUGGAAAGAGUAAUCUCCACAAGAAAAUCGAAGUGGGUCAGCUUCCCCUAGCAGAACAUAUAGUCUGCUCGUGUGGAUUAGAGGGUCGCCUAGAGCAGUGUCAACCUCUGCCGAGCUAUAUGCAUGCCCAUUGCAUUCUUCCUGGAGCCCGGAGUUACAGGCAUGGAUCAUCAUUUUACUUGGAGUGUAACCUUUGCAGUUGCUUUGCCGGUGAGAUAACUUGCACCAAACAGCAGUGUCGCUUGCCAGGAUUUGCGGAUUCGGGAUACACUAGUCUCCCAUGCAAUUGCCCAGCUCAUUAUGUUCCCGUUUGUGGCUCCAAUGGUAAUACUUAUCCCUCAGCUUGUGUGGCAAAAUGUCAUUUGCCAGAGGGAGAUUAUGUGUACGGUGCAUGCAAUGCCAGGAAUGCCUGUCAAGCAGCACCUCCGAAAAGUUGUCCUAUAGGAACUCAGUGUCUGGACCAAAGGAAGGUGUGCCUGGCCAGUAUGCAGAGGCCAUGUCUGCAAUAUGUGUGUGUUAACGCCACGGCUUCGAAUUGUUCGUCCUUCCAUCAGGGUGAGGUAUGUGAUACUCAAGGACGCACUCAUCCCAAUGCCUGCGCUCUGCUAAGAACCAAUCCACAAGGCCAAGUAGCGUACUGGUCUGCCUGCCAGUCAAGUCGGCUUGCUGCACCAUCACCAGUUUGUGGAAUCAACGGAGUGACCUACAAGAGUAGUUAUGCAGCUAGAGCAGAAUACGUGAUGGUGGAUUAUGUUGGUCGAUGUCGGGAAGUGGGUUUACUAGCCAGCGAUAUGGGAAGACGUUGCCGUACUGUGCAGUGCCCAGCUCCCGUAUCCAAGCACUGUCGUUUGAUAGUGCCACCAGGAGCCUGUUGCCCAUUGUGUGCUGGAGGCGCAUUCAGAAUAAUUUACUCCAGAAAGCAGUUCGACCGCGCAAUGUAUGGACUGAGGUCACAGAGCAGCACCCUUUUGACUCUGCAUGGGGUUCUACAACAGCUAGAAUCCAGUCUGGUGCAGGUCAGCGAAUGCCAGCUGACCGGGUUCCUCACCAUGGAAGUUGGCAUCUUUGUGGCUUUGGUGCCCUCCAGUACUAUCAAGAGACCAUCGCGCCUUCAAUUGGAGGCAUGUACCCGGGAAGCCGAAAAAAUAUCCUCCCUAAUUAAUGCCCAGUCACCCAGGAUCACAACGAAUCUAGCUUUAUCCUGUUUGACGGUAUCGCACCUACUAGAACCCAUGCCAAAUGGAGCAAUAUCUUAUGGUUCCCAAACCAUUUGGAUACUCCCCCUACUUCUGUUAGCUGUUAGAUUAAUCAUAUUUUAAGUUAGUCCUAGAAGGAGUGUGUAUGAUCUGACUCAAUCAAGUGAAUUCUUGGUGCCAAUUAAUCUGUUAGUCUAAGAAGAUGGAAAGUGCCUUCAACUGUUAGGAAUUGACCCUCUAUACCAUGUGAUAUUAGCUAAAUUAAUCGUUAAGCUUUAAGUGGCAGAUCCCAAACGAGAAAUGUCCUCUUAUAAUUAUUUUUUUAGCUUAUGCCAGGGACUUAAUUUAAAUGUAUGUUUUAAUUUCAUCCACAAAACGUGUUCUAUAAGCUUUAUAAAUUAUUAUAAAACUCAAAUAUUAAAUUAAAGAUAAAGCA